AUGAGCUGGAUGGACUCCUGGUCGCGGCCGGGCAAGUCGCAAGCCACGCCCGCGCCGUACUAUCUGCUGCCCGGCGGCGAGUCGACGCCGUACUGCCGGUCGUGUGGGCGGGUGGUCAGUUCCCGAAAGGUGAACAAUUCGGCCGAGGCCGCAACAAAGAACGACAAGGAUAAGGAUAAUGUAGUGACAGCCACAGCCAAGUACUGCUCGGCGCGCUGUCGGCACAGCAAGCCGCGGAAGCUGGACCGUGAUAUCGAGGCUGCUUUCGUAAGGCUGCUUUGUGGUGAGGAGGUAGAGGUAGAGCGUGCUGGUGCUGGCGAGAAGGGGGGAGGGGGAGAUGGGGAUAGAGACGGUGGCAUUGGCGGUGAAUUGGCGAAGGGCAACCAGCCAGAAGAACACACCACACGCAAUGCGAAAACAAAGCCGAAAACAAACCCAAAAGUUAAGGUGGUAAACAACAAGAAGAAAGCAGUCAAAGGCGACCCCCGCAUCCUCGUCUCCUGCGACGAAGUAGAAACCGCCGUCUUCGGACCCCGAAACUCCGACCCGGAGAAGACGUUUGGGCGGAAGAAGAACCGCGCCUCGCGUGUCCUGCCGACGUCCUCCGAAAAUGAAAACGAGAACGAGACUUCCAACGGGCGUCGUCAGGAGGGCGAGGGCGGAGUAGGCGAUGAAGAAGACACCGUCGCCAUCCACAGCGGGGACGGCAGCCUCGGCGACUUCGACGUCGACGAAGAAGAAGUAGCUGCCAGACCCGAUAUUAUCGACGGCGACGUCCUGGCCCGGCUUAGUAUCAGGAGCGGGACGCGCGUGCGCCCGCCGCAGACGGUCUCGGAGGUGAACGGCAGCGUGGGUGGGGAGAAGGGCCGCGCGGAGCGUAUUGAGGAGACCGAGGAGAUGGCGAGGAGGAGGGCCGAGGGGCAGCGGUGGGCAAGGCAGCGCGAGAUGGUACGGUUCCUGUCCAACCUUUGCCUCGUUAACAAGCGCUUCAACGAGAUACUUUCUACCCAUUUCUAUAGGGAACUCUGGUUCAGCGGUCGGAACCGCGACUUCCUGCUCGAUUCCGAGAAGUUUGACCUACUUCUAGGAAACUAUCGCCUAAAAUACGUGAGGAACUUGGUCUUUUGCGUUCACGAGGACCUUCCGCGCGGUCAGAGAAACGGCAGAGAAAGAAAUACUCCCGAUGCAGAUCCCGGCACGGAAGAUAAUGCGAACCCCGGCGUAGAAGACAAUGCCGAGCCGGGCACAGAAGACGAUGCGGAACCGGGCACAGAAGACGAUGCCGAGCUGGGCACAGACAACCAUGGCGAACCAGGCACGGACAAUACUGGUCAAAAUGCUAGCAAUGGAGACGACGACAACAACGAUGACAACAACGACGACAACAAAGACGACAACAACGAUGGCAACAACGAUGAUAGCGACGAUGAGGGAGAAUACCCAUGUACGCUUGCGUCUUCAAACCCUAGAUGCCUGUAUAACCAUAAAUACGAGGAUGCGCACUUUAUUUGCCUUGCUCCCCAGCUAGAGAAUUUCUCAUGGGAGGGGUUUUCCCUAUUCUCCGACACGGUAUGGGCUCUGUACCGAAACUGUAGCGAACUGAGGGCGUUCGAGCUACGGAGCAAUCAGGUCGACUCUCGAACCGGUCAUCACUUGAAUGAAGAACGUCAGCCAAUCCGAGGCCCGAUUUGGGAGCAACCGGUCAAUGUUCUCUUCGAAGUCCCCACGUUACCGCCCUUCCGGAAUCUUCGGACGCUGCACAUUAUGCAGAUCUGGAGCUACGACUUCAAUUUUUGGAGGGAGGUGAUCGUUGAGAUACUUGUUAACUCGCCGAAUUUGACGAGUUUGAGCCUUUCCAUCGCCCACAGAGCCCGGUGGUGGGCUAUGGGUCCGGAUCACCAUCAGCUUUCUCCUGAGCACCAUCCAGCCUUCUUCCUUCGGGAGCUUUGCCGUCUAUACUCGAAGGAGGGAGGCAAGCCGAUUCGACUUCGGAAGCUAGACUUGGGGCAUUUUAUGUUCAUCUUACGAUCAGCCACGAGGGACCAUCAGCUACGCCCAAUGAUCCCCGACGAAUAUUCAAAUGGCGGUCAUCUUGAUCUUUUGGUUGAUUCGUCACAACUGCAAGAGCUGAAAGUAGACCUGGUAGGUGCUACACGUUUCACGGAGUACCCAGCCGAAGAUUUGAGAACCAGGUGGUGGCCCACCGCCCCUGGACAUCUCCCAGCAUUACGGAAGCUCACCGUGCAGGCGCCGACAUUCUGGUUCGUACAGUGGGCAACAUAUUGUCGACACCACGGCUCGCCACUAGACAGUAUGGGCAUGAUCGAAUACGAUGACUAUCUGGAUCGAUAUGCCAGCGUGUAUGCGGACGGUUCCCAUGAUGAGGCCGAAUGGCACGAGCUUCUUUGCUGCGAGCCCAGAGCGCUCUUGUUUCACACUGAUUCUGAAAACCGGGGCGUUUGUGAGCGCCUAGCAGCAUGCCGGUCCAUCAAAGAGCUUGCGUUUCACUCCGUCAAGGCCCGUGUGAAUAUCAGGUCUCUGGUUGCCGCAAUGCCCCAGCUCGAAAGCCUCUGGGUCAUGUGGCCUCGAGCAUUCCGCGCUUUGACGGCACAGCAACAGAGAAUCGCGCAUGAGCAACUAGUCCGCGACCUCGCUUCUCUCGGGACGGCAUUGAACUCGCUGGCAUCACCAAUAUCAGCCGCGGCGGCAUAUGGAGCGCCCAUCAGCACCACUGUCGACCUCGGCUACACUAUUUACGAUGGCACUGCCUUGGCCGCUGGAGUGAAUCAGUACCUUGGAAUGCGGUAUGCUGCUGCUCCUUUGGACGACCUCAGAUGGCGUGCACCUGCGGACCCUGCUGUCGACAGGACACCGCAAGACGCCGCUGCGUUUGGCCCGAUCUUCUGGUUGUACAUACAAGGAGGCGGCUAUGCUCACAACAGCAAUGCUAACUACAAUGGCACGGAAGUCGUCGUCGCCUCUAACCACAGCGUCAUCCUCGUGAACUUCAACUACCGGGUAGGCGCGUUCGGCUUCCUCGCUAGCGAACACAUACAACGCGACGGAGAUCUGAACGUAGGCUUGCUUGACCAGCGCAAGGCGAUGCAAUGGGUCCAGCAAUACAUCCAUCUCUUUGGCGGCAAUCCGGACCAUGUAGUUAUACAUGGUGCAUCUGCGGGAGCCGGUUCCGUCUCAUACCACCUCACAGCUUAUAAUGGUCGAGACGACCACCUCUUCGUGGGCGCGGUCCCUGAGUCGACAUUCUGGCCGAUUCACCGGACUGUCCCCGAGCUGGAGUAUCAGUUUGAUCGCUUCGUGGCGAACGUCAGCUGUUCUGCUGCCUCUGAUGUAAUGCAGUGUUUGAGGUCCAAAAACACCACUGUCCUGCAGUCUUCCGACGUCGCUUCGCCAUACCCCGGCCGCGUCAACAACUCGUUAUGGUAUUUCACGCCUUGCAUUGACGGCAACUUCUCGACAGAUCUCCUGUACAACCUCUUUGAAGCCGGGAAGGUCGUCAAAGUGCCUACGAUGGUUGGCGACGACACCAAUGAGGGGAGCGUCUUCGCUACGGACGUCGCGACGAGCGAGGAGUUCCUCGAAUUUAUGAAGGACAACUACCCCAGACUCACGAGUUCCGAAAUCCAGCGUAUCAACGCUACGUACCCGUUGAUGACCCCCCUUCCAGAGCACAACGCCUGGUUUCCGUCGGCAUCCGCCGCUUAUGGUGAGAGCACGUUUACUUGCCCAGGCAACCAGAUCGCCGCGUCCAUGGCGAAAUACCUGUCACCCGACCAGGUAUGGAACUACAGGUACAACGUCGAAGACUAUUCGGAUGCUGCUGCUGGAGUCGGCACGCGGCACACCGCGGAGACACCAGCCAUCUUCGGGCCGCCGAACGGGGGCUGCGACGACUGUUCCUACGACACGUAUAAUGCGCCCAUAGUGCCUGUCGUUAUGGAUUACUGGAUGAGCUUUGUCAAAACUCUCAGUCCGAACGCUGAUCGUGAUCCGGUCGCUCCGUACUGGCAGCCGUGGGGCGCUCAAGGUGGGAAUGGGACUGGGACUGGUAGGAGGCUGAAGUUUGAGUUGAAUGAUACUGCCAUGGAGACGGUGCCGCUUCAGCAGGUCCAUCGAUGCGAUCUAUGGCGGAGUUUGGCAUCUACGAUGGAGCAGUGA